AAUCAAGAUGCUACUAUCAUUUAAUUGAAACAAAAAACAAUAUCUUUGGAAGAAAGACAAGUAGAUCAGAGGAGCUUAGAUGAUUCUGUGCAUACAGCUCAAGAAACUAUCUAUGUUGAUGGGCCAAAUUCGAAUAGAAAAAGAGUGUACUGUCACCCUGAAAGUCCAGAGUCUAGCAUGAUUGAACGCCAUAACGAUACGAGGUGGCAAAGUGAUGAUGAAUAUGAGGAUUUACAGCGGCCAAACAAAUAUUCUACUGCACUCAAGAACAAAAGGGAAAUGAUACAGAAUGACAUUGCACAACAAGCAAAAAAACAUUAUGUUGCACAAAAGAGCAAGGAAAAUAAUGCCCCUGAUGAUGUCAAUAGGCUGCGAGCCUCCAGAGAAUUUACUGAAACACACAAUGCCAGGGCUUCACAUUUUCAAGAUGUUGUUAGCUUGGACAAAAACAAGAAUACUAAUACCUACAAGGUUGCAGACUUGGAAACACCUUCAUUUUGCUCAAAUCGUGAAGGUUCUCAUUACCAGGGAAAUAAUACCUCAAAAAGAGCCUAUGCAGCCAAGCAUGCUACUAAACAACAGCAUGGGACAAGCUCUAGAUUACCAACCAAUUCAAUGGCGGCCGGCACUGCAGUGUUUUUGAAGAGCUUGAAAAGUCAAAGUAAAAAAGUUGCCGUUGCUACUGUCCAAAGUUGUGAUCCAACACAAAAAUUUGAUGGUGUUGCCAUAGGAAAUCAAUUUUGGUUAGUUCGUGUCAGUAUUGUUAUAGCAGAUGAUGAAGUAUUGGUACGGCCAUAUAAAAAUUACAAGUUUAUGGGUGAUGCACUAGGAGCCCAUAUUGCUUGGCCUGCAAAUUUGAUUGAAAAGGCAAAUUGGUGA